AUGGAGCUUCAAGAGCUGCAACGCCCCAAGGUGGGUUGGCUUCGCAGGCUUCGGAACCGACACGAGGAAGGUCUCGAUGACAUCGCCACUCAACCUUCGGUAUUCGACGACCCUGUGGCGUUAGAAGUAUAUCGCCCACCUCCGGAAUACGAGAACGCUCAUAGGUUCGAUCCGAAGGCGACAUGGACAUGGAGGGAGGAAAAGCGUCUAAUUCGGAAAAUUGAUAUACGCAUAAUGCUCUGGUCCUGUGUCAUGGUCUUUUGCCUUUCUUUAGACCGCAGCAACAUCAAUCAGGCCAACACGGACAACUUCCUACCUGAUCUUGGCCUAACAACCAAUGACUUUAACCUUGGUAACUCCGUGUUCCGGUUUGCCUUUGUUGCGGCGGAGCUGCCUUCCCAAAUUGUUUCUAAGAGGAUUGGCCCUGAUGUUUGGAUACCGAUGCAAAUCACCCUUUGGAGCAUUGUUUCGUUAUCACAGUAUUGGCUGACGCCGGGAAGGGCUGCGUUCCUUGUGACGAGAGUUUUGAUAGGGUUUUUGGAAGGUGGCUUCAUCCCCGACACUGUGCUUUAUCUUUCGUACUUCUAUACAAAAACAGAAUUGCCCAUCCGUAUUGGCUGGUUUUUCGUCUCGUCACAAUACUUGUCCGCUCUCAUAGGUGCUUUCCUCGCAACCGGAUUUCUGGCUAUCCAAAACGUCACUGGCACCGCGGGGUGGAGAUAUCUCUUCCUCCUUGAGGGCAUCCUCACUGGGCUUGUCGGCAUCACGUCCUUCUUCAUGUUACCACCCGGGCCUACGCAAACGAAGGCUUGGUUUCGGCCAAAAGGAUGGUUCACUGAAAGGCAACCCAGGGAGGAAGUGAUUAUGGUGAACAGGAUCUUACGGGAUGACCCUUAUAAAUCCACGAUGCACAAUCGCGAGGGCUUGACUCUUCGCAUGAUAUUGGGUGCUAUAUUUGACUGGAGGAUGUGGCCUCUGUAUUGGCUUGGCUUCGCUCACAACAUCAAUGUCGGCCCUCCCCAGACAUACCUCACCUUGACACUACGGCAGCUUGGCUUCAACACGACCCAAUCUAAUCUACUCACUAUACCCUCAAUUGUUAUUGGGUUGAUUGGACUCAUCGUCACCUCUUACCUUGCGGAGUGGACGAAUUCGCGGACCUUCGGUUGUGUGCUUUUGCAGAUAUGGGCGUUACCACUCUUGAUUGCUCUCUAUACGUUUAAUGAACAAACGGCGCAUUGGACCUACUACAUUGUGGUCACUCUCAUCACUGGCUUCCCGUAUGUGCACCCCAUUCAGGUCGCAUGGACGUCAAGAAACUCGGGAGACGUCCAAGGGAGGGCUGUGACCGCGAGUCUGUACAACAUAUGCGUGCAAUUUGGAGCAAUUGCAUACUCAAAUGUCUAUCAAGCAAGCGAUGCUCCGUUGUAUAAAAAGGGCAACCUUGCGUUGAUUUUUGUGACCGUUGCCAACAUUUUGGCGUAUGGUCUUACUUGGCUAUUCUACCGAGAGACCAACCGUCGUAGAGAAGCAAAGUGGGAGAGCAUGUCUGAGAAGGAACAACAAACAUAUGUUGAAACAACAACGGAUCGAGGCAACCAACGACUUGAUUUCAGGUUCGCGUACUAGGUAGCAUCGUAACCUGAAUGUACAAUAAAUAAAAGAU